AUGACAGUGGGCGAGCCGAAAGGCAGAAUGGGACCCCGAUCCUGCCUCCUAGGGCUCUUUGCCCUCUUCGUCGCUGGCAAAUGCAGUUACAGCCCGGAGCCUGACCAGCAGAGGAGGCUGCCCCCUGGCUGGGUGUCCCUGGGCCGUGCGGACCCUGAGGAAGAGCUGAGUCUUACGUUUGCCCUGAGACAGCAGAACCUGAAGAGACUGUCCGAGCUGGUGCAGGCUGUGUCGGAUCCUGGCUCUCCUCGCUACGGCAAGUACCUGACCCUAGAGGAUGUGGCUGAACUGGUCCGGCCAUCACCAUUGACUCUCCACACGGUCCAGAAAUGGCUUUUGGCGGCUGGAGCCCGGAACUGCCACUCAGUGACUACACAGGACUUUCUGACUUGCUGGCUGAGUGUCCGACAGGCAGAGCUGCUGCUCUCUGGGGCUGAGUUUUAUCACUAUAUGGGAGGACCUGCAGAGACCCAUGCUGUGAGGUCCCCACAUCCCUACCGGCUCCCAAAGGCCUUGGCCCCGCAUGUGGACUUUGUGGGGGGGCUGCAUCGGUUUCCCCCUACAUCAACCCUGAGGCAACGCCCUGAGCCACAGGUGCCGGGGACUGUUGGCCUGCAUCUGGGAGUGACCCCAUCAGUGAUCCGUAAGCGUUACAACUUGACGGCACAAGAUGUGGGCUCUGGCACAACCAACAACAGUCAAGCCUGCGCUCAGUUCCUGGAGCAGUAUUUCCAUGAUUCAGACCUUGCUGAGUUCAUGCGCCUCUUCGGUGGGGACUUUGCACACCAGGCAUCGGUAGCCCGUGUGGUUGGACAACAGGGCCGGGGCCGGGCCGGGAUUGAGGCCAGCCUAGAUGUGGAGUACCUCAUGAGUGCUGGCGCCAACAUCUCUACCUGGGUCUACAGUAGCCCUGGCCGGCAUGAGUCACAGGAGCCUUUCCUGCAGUGGCUUCUGCUGCUCAGUAAUGAGUCAGCUCUGCCAUAUGUGCACACCGUGAGCUACGGGGAUGACGAGGACUCCCUCAGCAGCACCUAUGUCCAGCGGGUGAACACUGAGCUCAUGAAGGCGGCUGCUCGGGGUCUGACCCUGCUUUUUGCCUCAGGUGACAGUGGGGCCGGGUGUUGGUCUGUCUCUGGCAGACACCAGUUCCGUCCCAGCUUCCCUGCCUCCAGUCCCUAUGUCACCACGGUGGGAGGCACAUCCUUCGAGAACCCUUUCCGAGUCACAAAUGAGGUCGUUGACUACAUCAGUGGUGGCGGCUUCAGCAACGUGUUCCCACGGCCUUCGUACCAGGAGGAAGCUGUAACCCGGUACCUGAGCUCCAGUCCCCACUUGCCACCAUCCAGUUACUUCAAUGCCAGUGGCCGCGCCUACCCAGACGUAGCUGCACUCUCUGAUGGCUACUGGGUGGUCAGCAACCACGUGCCCAUUCCAUGGGUGUCUGGUACUUCGGCCUCUACGCCAGUGUUUGGGGGACUCCUAUCCCUGAUAAAUGAACACAGAAUCCUCAGAGGCCUACCCCCUCUCGGUUUUCUCAACCCAAGGCUCUACCAGCAGCGUGGGGAAGGACUCUUUGAUGUAACCCGUGGCUGCCACGAGUCCUGUCUGGAUGAAGAGGUGGAGGGUCAAGGUUUCUGCUCUUGCCCUGGCUGGGAUCCUGUGACAGGCUGGGGAACACCCAACUUCCCAGCUUUGCUGAAGACACUAAUGAACCCUUGA